CUGACAUUCUAUACUGUCGCCUAUAUGAAACAUUCUAUCUUAAAUACAAAAUGCUGGAGUAUAGAGACACAUUUUUUAGAAGUGCUCACUGUCCAAAAACGUAUGGAGUGUAUUUGCUUCUGCUGUGGAAAUGCAUUUUAUUACUAUCCAACUCUGAAAAAUGUGUUACAUUCACUUGCAUUCUCACACUCAACCAUGUUCUCUGUUUUUAAAGGUUCAGCUCAGGGGAAAACCAAUCCCUUUCAGAGCACAUGCACCCUAGUGAGAGAGAGAAGUAGGAGUUGGCAUACGUCGUGAAAACAGUGAAUCAAGCAUUACUAUGUAGUAGUACCGUUUACAACCUUCAAUGGUUCCUUCUCCUGUGCAGAGAGCAGGAAACCUGUUGAGAUACCAAACAGAUGGGGCAUGGACAGUUGAAAAGGGCUGUCAGAUGUUGUAAAUGGACUUAGUUUGCCCUAAUAUUCAUCAUUAAUUUCCUUCAGCCAAUUAGGUAAUGAUGAACAUGCCCGAUUCUCAAGGCAAGGGCAUAUUACACCAUUAAUGAUGGGGUUCUCUCCAUGUUGGCAUACACCAUUGACUCUAAGCAUACACACAUGAUUUAAUCAAUUAUUAGGUUGGGGGUCUUGGUCCAUUCCAUUCCAGUAAUGACAGUCAUGCUUAAUUUUGACUGCACAUUUUAGUGGUCUACGAUGGUUAUGUUGUAGGAUACAACCAACCUAAUACAACCAUAGAAUAGAUACAACCACAACUCCCUUUGCUGUAUGAGCUCCAGAGUGGCGCAGCCGUCUACGACACUGCAUCUCUGUGCUAGAGGCGUCAUAAGGCCCAUAAGGCAACACACAAUUGUCCCAGCGUCAUCCAGGUUAGGUGAGGGUUUGGCCGGGGUAGGCUGUAAAAUAAGAAUUUGUUCUUAACUGACUUGCCUAGUUAAAUACAUGUUAAACAAAAUAAAUUAGUUGUGAUCAAAGCCUCUCAUUGGCCAAUACAUAUCAUCAGCGAUCCAGGGUUUAUAUACUUGAUUGGUCGUGAUUUACAUAAUGAGCAUGAGCUCGAAGGGGAGUGUCCAACUCCGACAUGUAUAUAUAGAAGACCUCCCCGCGCUGAAAUAGAAAUUACGAUAUGGCCGGUAGAAGAGAACAGCAAUAUCUCCCAAUAAACCAGGAGGAGAAGCGCACGAAGUGAGGAGGCUACGAACCAGUCGCUGUAGAGCUGUGAUGCAGAGCCCUGGUAUGAAGGCCGGUGGCCCCCCUGAUGGGGGCUAUGGAUGGGUGGUGGUCACCUCAGCCUUCUUUAUCAUGGGCCUCACUACAGGCGUCCUUAAGAACUUCGGCCUAUUCUUCCUAGAGAUCCAGAACCACUUUGGAGUCCUCACCAGCACCACCUCAUGGGUCACCUCCACUAUGAUAGUCAUGUUUCACUUGGGAGCCACAGUUGCCAGUGUCCUGAGCAUGCACUGUACCCAGAGGGCAGUCAUCAUGAUGGGAGGGCUCCUCACUGCUUCAGGGAUGAUCCUGGCUUCUCUCGACCUCAGUCUUCCAUGGAUGUACCUCAGCAUAGGUGUACUGCAAGGUUUGGGACUUUCAUUUUCCUGGUUACCAGCCAACAGCAUAGUGAGCCACUACUUCCUGAAGUGGCGUCCCAUAGCGUACGCCAUAGCCAGCUCCGGGGAGUGUGUUUUUGCCAUGGUGUUCAGUCCUUUCUUCCAGUGGCUCAUCGAGGUCUACACCUGGCAGGGAGCUCUGCUUGUCAUAGGGAGCCUUCAGCUCAACCUUUGCGUCUGUGGAGCCCUCAUGAGACCUCUUGAAUCCAAACCCCAUAAUCCCACCAAGCCAAAUAAAGACAACCACCAGGACUCCAAAGCUGCUGAUGACCCGAUGCCUAAGAAGCUAAGCUUCCAGUGGACGUUGCUAAGGAAGCCAGAAUUGCUGCUCUACAUCCUGUUUGCCAUUUUCGCUGCUGCAGGAUUUUUCAUCCCACCUCUAUUCGUGGUUCCCUAUGCCACCAGCCUGGGAUUGAAGAACUACUGGGCGGCGUCCAUCUUGUCUGUGCUGGCAUUGGCUGACCUGCUUGGUCGUCUGGCCUGUGGUUGGCUGGCCAACCUGAGGCUGGUGAGGAACCUACAGCUGCUGACAAUGGUGGUCACUAUGUUGGGGGUAGUGCUACUGCUGCUGCCCAUUGGCAAGGACUACUCAGCCCUUCUGGUCUUCUCCUCGCUCUACGGUUUUCUGUUUGGCUGCGUUGUAGCCAUCCAUGUGACGUCUAUUGUGGACAUAGUGGGCCUGGAGGGGUUUGACAGCGGCCUGGGACUCUUCAUGCUUUUUAGAAGUAUCGGGGGCUUCAUUGGUCCACCUGCUGCAGGUUGGCUGGUUGACCUGGACAAAGACUUUGGUGCAUGCUUCUACCUGUCUGGAUUGGUUUUCAUCAUAUCUGGUGUGUUUGUGGUGCUGGUGGACCGACUUGUCGAGCGGAAGAAGGCCUCUCCCAGUGAAACCGAGCUAGAGGCCACUCAGGCCUUUGCCUACAAGAUGGGAGUGAAGCUGGUUGUUAGUGAGAGCAACUGCAAAUAAUGUUACUCUGUUUCAGGGGAUAUGGCAGUGAAUGUUUACAGUUCAUGAGCUCUUGGGAUGGCUUCAUUCUGAGCUUGUAUCACCUAGUCAGGUUUUUAUCUAUAUUAAGCUGCAUCACAGGAGUAAGUAAUGGAGGGUGUUGACAUUAUACCUGGUCAUUCACCCUUGUCAAGUUCCCGGUUUACAUAUGUUUGACCAGGUUGUACAGUAGUUUGUACCACUUUUAUUGACGUAUUUUAUGUACAUGAUUUAUUUGAAUGUUCACUGAUUUGUCUUGACAUUCUAUGUUAUAUACUUGGCAUACAGUAUACCUGUAUGAACAUCUAUAGGUAUUUUUGUUUUAAUCUCUGGUGCAAUGCAUGUAUUUUACCUUUAUUUUAAAUGUUUUUGUGGUAGACCUGCUAACACCUAUGCUUAGGCACAUCAUGUGAGUGAAGUUAAGUACUUUCGAUGUGUAGCUUUACCCAUACAUUAACCCGAAUGUCAUGUGCUUUAGGGUUAAUGAUAAAUUAAUGUUAUUAAUCCCCCUGUUACACAAUAGAAUAUUGCCCAUUGCAAUCUAGUACCAUAGCUGUGGCUCAGCACUUUACAUGUCACCAGUGCCUUCUUGUUAUUAUCUGUAUUACCCUUGAUUCCCCCCCCCCCCACCAGUAGACUAUUCAAAUAUAUCAAGUUAAUGGUUGUGCAAAUUCCUUCUAUCCACGUCAAAGGUUGUCAAUUGUUGCCACACCAUUUAGUCCUCCCCUGAUAACGAUGUUUCUGAAAUAAUGAUCAGUCUGUUUCAAAAGCUGAAUUCUGUAGCUUUCAAAUCUUCCUUCACCAAAAUGGGUUAAAGGAAGAGCAGAGGUGGCUGGUGGGAGGAGCUAGAGGACAGGCUGAUUGUAUUGGCUGGAAUGGAAUAACUUGAACAGUUACCAUGUUUGAUAUAGUUCCAUUUAUUCCAUUACAAUGAGCCUGUCCUCCUAUAGCUCUUCUGCUGAAGGUGGCACAUAAUCAGUGAGGCUACAGGCCCAGCAUUUCUUUUGUUCAAAACUCUCUGAUGGCAGUAACCAAGCCCAUUGUCUUUCUACUUUAGAAGAAUGACUAGGGGCUAGAUCUGUGCUAGCUGACACCCUCAAUGUUUU